GAUCGAGUUGUUGUUUAUCAGCUGUUUGGUUCCGAACAGAAGCGAAUAGGUUUUGUGUUUCGCGAAAGGAAAACAAUGCCGUUCAUCUCCAAAGACUGGAGAUCUCCGGGAGAGGCCUGGGUCAAGACUGGCGAGGGUUGGGAAAAGAAAAAAGUGUUGGAAAACUGCAAAUCAAUCACGUUUUGUAAAAGAGAAAAUUCGGAAGAAGCCGAUGAAAAAGAAAAUCGAGUAGCAAACGUAGAUUCAUCCUCUACGCAACCCCACUGUCAUAUUACAAUAAAAUGUACUAAAGAGAUUGCAGGCUUCAACGAAUUAGACGAAGCUGUCAAACGCCUAGACUUCCGUAGCGCCGCUAGAGACGUCCGUCGUUCAAAUUACGUCCGGGCGCUUUUAAGUCUUCUGGUUGGCCGAAACACGACAGCGUUGUCAGGUUGUGCGCAGCGCGCGCUGUUGGCAACGUUGGAAGAGGUGGCUGGGCACGCGGCGGACACGAUUCACGAUCCACGUAGCCUGAGGCGAUUGGUGGACGGAUUGAGAUCUUUGAGGGCGGCUGAGAGAGGAGCAUGUUGGGGAGGUCCGCUAGGUUCUCAGAUCCUCUGGCACCAACACACGGCCAAGAUCGAGCGCAUUUUGAACACGGUCGCCCAAAUGAAGAUCAACGAGCCUGGUCCCGAAAUCCACCCGAAAUUGCUCCAGCUGCCUGAGGAGUGCAUCCGAGAGAUCAUUUUAAGGCUUUCUGAUCAUCGAGAUCUCUUAAGUAGUGCGCAGGCAUGCGAGCAGAUGGCGGCCAUAGUUGGUGAGCAGCGCGUAUGGAGGGAACUGACCAUGUUCCACUUUGAUCAACAGCAGAUAGACCUGGUGAUGCCCAAAGAUAAGGAGAAUGUUGACUGGAAGAGUGUUUACCAUUCGUUGAAAAAAUCUUUCGGUAUAAACGAAGAUAGAAUGUACGCAGAAAUGCUCUCGUUAUGUCGAUACUGCCGCUGCCUAUUCUGGCGAUCUCUAGGUCACCCGUGUAUAGCGGACCAAUGCCCCGAAUUCAGGGCGAAGCUCCAGGAAGCUGGGGGCAUCGCCCCUCCUAGUCCAGUGCCCCCAUCGGCAUUUUUGAAAUUUUUUUCGUUGUAGGCAUCUUCCUAAUUGAUCAAUUGCAUCGUGUCGUCGUACUUAGUUAGGUAGUGCAUCUCUGAUUUGAUGAUAUAAGCAAAUCUGCAUUUGCAGGUCUUUAGAAUCUGGUUGGUAUUGGAUAAACAUAGAAAUUCUCUUUAUAAUUUGUGUUACAUUUUCAACACUUUAUUUUCAUUUAUGUUUUGUCUAUAAUUGUAUUUUAUUAUCAAAUUUGAAGUAGGAAGAGUGACAGCCAUGCGUUGAUAUAAAAAUAAUAAGUUUAGUAUUCCGAACUGGGUUAAUUCUAAAAAAAAAUGGAAGUUAUACGACCUUUGGGCUCUUAAAGAACAAGCAAAAGCUAAAAGAAGGAAACAUGUAGACAAACUUCUUAAUGUACAUAUAUUUAAAUAAAAAAUGUCAUAAAUGCGAUCCAUUUAAAAUGUUCAGGGCUUAAAAUCUCCCUUACGAUUUUUUUUUCUUUGGAAAGUUGCAAGGAGAGAUGAUUUCUUUAUUCCGUCUCUAGUCUCGCCAGUGUGAUAUCCAAAAAACUGUUCCUCAUGACGCAUAUACCUGUUUUUAACCAGAUCAGAGAUGCAUAUGUGCACACAGCUUCAAAUCAAUAGUGUUGCAAUUUUCUUCGCAACAUACUCGUGUAUGGUCAUAUAGUCGGAUACAGCGCUAUAUAUGAGACACCAAUCUCUUCAAAUUAGAUUUAUAAUUAAUGCGGAGAGGAGAAACAGAUUUACAUGGAUGACGCCAGGAUAUAUCGCAUUUCAUCUCGGAUUUUUUGGACGCUGAAAUACAGUACGUGGUUGGCUAUCUUCAAGUAGAAUACAUUAAUCAAUGCUGAAGAAACUGUUGAUGUAAAACAGGUAUUAGAUAUUUGAAAUUUUAUAAUACCAAUGCAAGUCAUGGUGAGAUAUGUAUAGAAAUCGGAAAUACCUAUCCCUCGUUCGUAAAAACUGAUUAUGCUGAUGAUGAUGAUGACUAUCUGAUAAUUUAAAGGCCUACUUAAAUUCUGUAUUUUGAAGAGCUAAGGUUUGGCAAUAUCAAUGUAUGACAUAUACAUUUUUGGAAUCAGAAAUAAAAAUUCUAUUCUGCUGUGCAAAAAUCCGAUAUGGCAUCUAAAAAAAUAAAGUUGAUAAUUACAUACAAGAGAAGAAAACGUCCUUUCGAAAGUCUACUUGUGCCGUCUUGUAGUGUUAAUGUACCUUUUAUUUUGGAGUCCCAUCUCAAGUAAAGUCAGGAAAAAAUAAAAAACGAUUUUGGGAAAAUUCUGUUUCUUUCGAUUAUCUCCGGAAAUACCCGGAAUUGCGAAACUUUCUUACUACCGUAUCGUCAGUCGUUCCUACAAUAUUGUAGGACGCCUUUAUGGCCUCCUUGAUUUUCACACUUUUUUCUCUCCUUCAGAAAGGCUGGGGUAUUUCCAGAUUUCUACUGUUCCGCAUCAGCGUCAUCGCUCUCCUAUUGUGGGGUUGUGCCUUUUUUUAAGUGUAGAAAAUUUCAGGCUGAUUAAACAGAUGAUAUAAAUCAAGAGCAUGAACUAUUUUGUGCAAAUAGAUAUUUCUAACAUAACCUCAAAAUAGAGCGCAGACACUGAAGGACAGGAAAAACUAUGGAAAUCAAGGAGGCCAUAAAGACGACCUUCAAUUGUAGGAACGACUUCUUGGUUACCUAAAUGCGCAACGUUGCCCCCGUUCAACAGACUUCGUAUCUCUUACCGUUUCCUAGAUCUUAAUAUACCCUAUUUCACGAGUAUCCAUAACGCUUUAACGUCUACUAAGGUGAACAGCUAAUCAGCAAGUGACAUUUUUGUAUUAGUCUGCGACGUUGGCAAUAGUGCAUCGCGUGUAAAUCUAGUAAAACUUAAUUGUAGCGUCCUGUGGCGAUAUGGGGAAUUUUGAAAUAUUACUAGAUAACUAGCUGUCAUUGUCCCGUGACGGAUACUCGUGAAAUAGUGAAUAGUCGAAUUUGAAAUACCCGAUAUGUCUACAUAUAUGGGUAAAUAAAGUUUCGAUUUUGCCACUAUUUUGUGAAUUACCUCAUAGGUUAUUUAAAGUAUGAUUUGAAGCAGUGUGAACAUCCAUCAAAAAUGUAUAUCGCCGUUUAGUUUUUUACUGUUUGAUGUUAGACUCUGUUUUGUUAAAGCUAAAUUUUUUCGCUUCUAGAUAGAGUUGGGGAGUGUGCAAAAAUGUUUUCAGUUAACAAUCUCUAACGGUUUUUUGUUUGCUGCUAAUAUGAUAAGAUUUAGGAAUAAUAUUGAUGAUAUUGUAUGUAUAGAAUAUCGUGAUUGUGUAAUGGCGAUUAAAUUCGAAGCCAGACUAUAUUUAUUUUCACGUAUUAGCUAAGAGCUAAGAGUGCAAGUGCUGUGAUGUAUAAAUGUGUGAAUGUGAUGUUUGUUGGAAACAGUCCAAAGAAGUAAGCCAAUGUUUGUAGUAUCGUACGGAAUAAAUAAUUAACCUUCUUCAGUCAUUAUGGAGGCUACACUUGGUCCUGCCGCUGAUUACGAAGUGCAGUUUUUAGAGGCAAAAAUGAAAAAUUCCAUUGAAAUUCAUUGAAAGUUGAUAAUACGUUUCGAAAUUUCUUGGGUAAGAAUUUAUAUGAGCGUACUAUAAAGAAAGCAUUGUUCUUUACUAUAAAUUAUUAUGCUUGAACCAUUUCAGUGUAAUGUUUUCUGUGAUUUUUUGCCAUGAUCUGCCUAUGUCCUAUUGGCUAAUUUCAGUUCGUGGCCACAUAAUCGAUCACUUUUUUUAUUCUGGUAUUUAUAUUUUUGUGGAAAGAACAGAUUUUCAAUAUUCAUGCAUUAUUUCGAUGUGAGGUAGCUAUGAACCAUACAUCUGUGAAAGGUUCUUUUCAAUUGAAAUUCAAUAUAUUUCAACUGUCUUUAAAUUAUUUUCAUCAUGCGCGCUCGAAGGGGGGUGCAAGGGGCCGUGCCCCCCCCCCCCCCUUCGAAAUCCAAUUAGACCUCUAAGAGAUUGCAUAUUUAUCAUGUUUUCGUAUGCACUCUGCGAAAAUCAUAAGUUCGUCAACUUUGGCCUAAUAGACCAGGUUAAAAAUCGCUUUUCAAUAACCUAUCACAAAAUACUCUUCGGUUUCUUAUAGAGUAAGAUUCAAACUUUAAUUUAUAUAUUAAAAAAUUUAAAUAUUCGACAUUGUUUUUAAGCAUUGAUUAUACCCAUUUUUAGGGUUUUUCAUACACUAAAUCGCUUAUAGCUCGAAAGUUGUACACUUCAGACAAAAGUUACUGGAGGCCUCUUUUAUUUAGAAUCAUUAUAAAAACCGACAAAAAAUGUUCGGGAAAAAUGCAUUGCAGUUCAUUAAAAAAAAAUGUUGAGAGAAAAUUGAUUUGGGUUACCGUGUACAGUAUACUAAAUGCUUGAAAUCUCUAUUAACAUUAUAAUUUUUGAGGUUGUAUAAAUUGUAGCUAAAACCUUAUUUUAACGAAAUUUUUAACCUAGUUUAUUUGUUGAGAAAAUUUCCUGAGGCCGCCCAUGGUUCUCUUUUUAUAUGGCUUUUUCACUAUGUCUCGUGCAAUAGCAAAAUUUAAGAUGUACUUGGAGUGAAAAUAACUUUUAUUGUAAUAUAAAUGAGAUGGAAUUAUUUAAGAAAUAUUUUGAAGAUGGAGGGCGUGUGAAUUGUAGCUUUAAUUAUAUUUUAAGUACACGACCUUGUAUUAUGAUUAAUUUUUUGCUUGUUGUGUACUGUGAUAAAUACAAGUUUAUAUUAAUAUCGUGACUAUAAUAGGCUGCUAUGUUUUUCAUAGAUACUCUAUAUCAGAUCCUGAAUUAUAACAAACAUAUUUUUACUUAACAUUCUCUUUUGGAAAAUAUUAAUUUUUUAAUGUUAAGCUAAAACUCUAAAGUCUAUUUUUCAAUGUUAAACAUAUUUUUUAGAUCAAUAAAUCACUUGAAAAAA